AGUUUCUGCUUUUCACGGCAUUUUGCAUGAAAGUGGCAAUCUGUGAGGAUUACCCAGUUUGAGGGCUAAAAAAAAAAAAAAAAAAAAAAGGAUACUGUAGCUUGGGUGCUAAUUUUGACUCAAGGCAGAACUGAAGACAUGGGCUCCGUUUCUAACCAGGAAUUCCCAGGAGUGUGUAAGACCGAGGAGGAUGAAGGACCGAGCACCGAGGAGGAUUCACAGUCUUUCCACGGGGUCGGAUUGUGUAAAUGGUUCAACGUCCGCAUGGGCUUCGGGUUCCUGUCCAUGACCGACCGAGAGGGAGUGCCACUGGACGAACCGGUUGAUGUGUUUGUUCAUCAGAGCAAGUUGCACAUGGAAGGCUUCCGCAGCCUGAAGGAAGGCGAGGCGGUCGAGUUUACCUUCAAGAAGUCAUCAAAGGGCCUGGAGUCGCAGCGAGUUACCGGACCAGGUGGCAUCCACUGUGUGGGCAGCGAAAGGAGACCCAAAGGCAAGAAGGUCCAGAAGCGACGUUCAAAGGGAGAUCGGUGCUACAACUGUGGAGGCCUGGACCACCACGCCAAAGAGUGCAAGUUACCACCCCAGCCCAAGAAGUGCCAUUUCUGCCAGAGCAUUGACCACAUGGUUGCCAACUGCCCAAUCAAAGCACAACAGUCCUCGCCGGGUUCUCAGGGAAAACCGUCCCCCUCGAAAGGAGACGAGGAGGAGCACAGCCACUUGGCACUGCCUCCCGAAACCUCUGAUUAAACGAGAAAUUGGGCUACACUGACGCCGGGGGAAGCACAGAGGCCAAUCAAACUGCUUUGAUGGAGAGAUGGGACACACGAUCCUCUUCCACCUGUUGAAGCUGCUUUUGGAACUACCUCAGGUUAAAAAAAAAUUGCUUAUGAUGAAGAAUGUUGCUGACGUUUUUGUUUGUUUUCAUUUGGUGUAACACUCAGGAAUACUGCUGUAUUAUUGCACUCAGGACGCUUUGGAAAUGUUUAAAUCACCGUUGUUCUUUGACGGGUUUGAGAUUGUAGUGAGCAAUGCCAUAUAACGGAUUAUCUUGAUGAGUUUUUUGUAGAAUCUGUGUUUUCUUUUAUGCGAUACUGUUCCUCUCCAGUGGGCAUUAUACCUCUUCUGUUUUUGCAUAAUACUCAGUCAGUAUAUUUAGUAUAGAGCUACACUUUUGCUGCCUUACCUUUUUAGUCUUCUUCCUGACUGUUACACCUCACUACCCGACAAGGCAGAGACGUGACAAUUAGUACCUCUGUAAUGAAUGUUUUGCAUAUGGCAUGGGGAAUGGGAGGGUUUGUGAAAACACAUGGGACGGGUUUUAGGGUAUAACUAAUGGCAAUGGAUUGGCAUCUGCCAAUAUUGCAAUUGACCAUCCAGUAAUCCUGGGGCCAAAUGAAUGUCAGACCAGAAGUGGUUUCCAGCUUUUGGUCAGAGUUAUUUUCAUUAAUUAAUUAUUUUCAACCAGCGUUUUGCCGGCUGUCAAAAGGUGCACGGUCGACCUAAAUGGUACAUGUUUGGUCUGCUACUAAAACCGUCAUUCUAACUGCUGAUGGUAAACCAAAUAUUCUCAGAAUACAGCUAUGGAGUUUGUGGUUUUAAUUGGGGUUAAAUCAAAUCCUUAUUGCACUACAGUAUUUACACAGCAUUGUCAUUACUUUACACCCAACAUCACAGCUGGAUGUGGACAGAUGUGGUCUGUUGUACUUGGCUGUGCGAUGUAGCGUGGUAUUAUAUCUCCACGCUACAUCACAGCUGCUCAGCACGUCUAAAACGUGUCACUACUUUUUGGCGGGGAAAAAAAAAGAUAAGUUGUGAUCUCAACUAGAGAGGGCAGCAAAACACAGCUUUUUGAGCCUGGUGCUGAGUUUCUCUUUAGCUUCUCUGGAAGCUGGCAGCAUGAUCUUAGUCAACUUUCCAUCUACAGUAGCCUCUCAUUUUAUUGGCUGCUGUGUGAAAUACUGUUGCUUUAUGAUUACCUCAACGUGGAUUUGAUAGAAUUCCAACCAAUGUAAUGUAAUACUAAACCCAAUACACGUACAUCAUCAGUUCUAAUACGAUACUUGACCUGGACUGGGUUACUGAGGGAUCCAGCUAGCUCUCCUCUUGAUACUUGAAUAAAAUGAGGCAGAAUCAGCCAUGAUGUUGCCAGUGGGAUGGCUGAUGUUUUUGUUUAUAUCCAGCGUGAUCUAUUUCUAGGUAGUUAUUUAAGACAUUGCCUCCCUAUAACCCUUAGUAGGGUAAUAAUUCAGGAACACCAAGCUUGCACGGAGGAGCAUGUAGAACUAGCUAGCUAAUCAGCAUUUUUACUCCCGUUUUACAGGAGAAGCUGACAAGACUUUUACACCCAAUUAAUAUAUAUGUAAAAUUAUUCUAAAGCCUUUAAAAGAAAUCAUACUACUUAUUUAUUUUCAUCCAAUAGUGCUGCCGCUUCUCCAUCUGCUCCUGUUGAAGCCUCUCAGCAAUGAAUAGUAUACAUUAAAAAACCAGCCAAGUGUCAUUCAAAGCUCCAUAUGACUUGAGAAUAUAUUUGGGUAACAUACUUUUAACAUCAAGGUACUUGUAUUAAUGUGUACAUAUGUGCUUGAUAAAUCAUUGUCCUUACCAAUAAUUCAUUGCAGUAUGAAUGCAGUGUAACAGUAAUAUACUGUGACACAAGAGUGACAAUAUACACUAUAUACUGUACAGGUACAUAGUAUUAUGAGGACUGACAUAAACUGUGACAUUUUUUUUUAUUUCUUUGCCUUGUAUGAUUUUUUUUAUUCUUUAUUUUUGUGCACAAUGAGUCCCAUUGUUAUUCCUAUCUAUGCCAAAACCAAUGCAAUGUUACUCUGCACUAAUCAUGUGUAAGAUGCAUUAAUUGUCUUUUUAUAUUCUGUUUAAUCCUUUGAAUAUAUGUUUCAUAUUCAAUAUUAUAUUUUUUAAGAUUUUCAUAUACUACAUACAGUUGAUUGCUGGUUGGAAAACAAAAAAAAAGUACUUCCACUCUUAGGCUCAUCUCAGGAAUUGCCAAUCUGAAAACUCAGGGAAUACUUCAGAUUGAUUGGAAGGAGUCGAGGAGUGUUUAUUCAAAACAAAGCAGGGACUGAAUACUCAUCCGCAUGAUGUGAAGCAUAGGACAAGAAAGCCUCUCUUUUUGCUUUCUGUUUUUACUUAAAAAUACUGAUUGUGGCCAAUAAAAAAGCAAUGAUGUGAAACGGUUAAGAUUGAGAUUCACAAGCUUUUUGAUUCUAAUACUUUGUUAACUUUCCAUGCACCCAAAUGCGAGAUGUUCUUUAUAUUUUCUCCUCUUUGAAAUAUUUUGCCAUGAUAUGAUAUGAAGAAAAUGUUCCACUAUUAUUGUAUUUUUUCCUCUAUAAUCGUUGUAGAUGGGGAUGUAGUAGAAUAUUGUUAAAGGGACUGGGGCUAGUAGUAUAUAAUCCGGGGUUGUCUCAUCUUAACACAUGGCCGAUACUUGGUGUUUCAGACUAUCAGUGCUUAUGACAAAAAGAAUGUGUCAUUGAUGACUUAAUACUCAAAUAUCGUUUCAUACUCUGCCGUUAGGUGGUGUUUAUAUACGUUUUCCAAGUUUAAAGGUUGCAGAAGCAAACACUGUUUUAAUAAUUCCACUCAGGAUGUAAAAGGAUACAAAGAUUGUUUAAGUAAGUGCUCUGAUUAGAUGGAAUGGUUUCCUUUUCUGUGUACUUUUAUGUUGAAUUUACCACUUAUGAUUGCAGUGCCAGUGUAUCCUCUAACCUGAACAUUUUCCUUUCUCUCCAUUUCAAAAAAGGGACACACGGAUGAAUUUGUUAGCAAUCUCUGUGAUUUAACUUUCUUUAAAAUCCCUGAAACCACUAACUUACCUCAUCUGUCGAACUCUUAAUUGGAUUCUGACACCCACUAUUUAGAUAAAGGUUGAAUGACAGUUAUGUGUUGUAUUGUAAUGUUUGCAAUAUUCUGCUGUACUUAGUGAUGUUUUCAAAGUAUCAUUUGGAAACUUAAGUCCAUGGAAGACAUUCUGAUUGCAACAAACCUGUUUGACCCCCUCGGUGGUGUGUUAUUUGUGAUAUGAUUGUCGGGUAUUAGAUGGGUUAGAUAUACCUUGAAAAUCCAAGGACCUGUAAGACUAUGUGCUCAGGGUAAUAUUUGAAGCACAUCAAAGCAUUCUGUAUCACAGUUGGCUUUUCAUGGUACAUCUUGUUUGUGACCAUCAGCCAUUUAAUUUGUGAUUUGGUGUUUUAUCAGAUAAAUAACUUCCAAAAAAAUGUGCAUUUAUUACUGAUGAAUGUAUCAAUGUUGACUGCCAUAAAACUACAACUAUCUUGAUCUAUCUUAUCUUGAUUUAAUGGCUAGUUUGUCAAUGAUGAGCAGCAUGUAGGCUUUUCAAAGUAUUACUGUGAUUAUGUUGCUAUAUGUAAAGAUCUGCUCCAUUUCCUAGUAAAUAUGUCAAUAUUCA